AUCAGGGGCGGACUGACCAUUUGGAAACUCGGGCACUGCCCGAGGGCCCGGGGUCAGUAGGGGGCCCCAUGAGAUGCCCCUGGUACCUUUUUCAUAAGCGCUUUUGAGUUUGGGCAAGGACACAGGGGCCCCAUGAUCCCCUAUUGCCUGGGGGCCCCAUGAGAUGUCAGUCCGCCCCUGCUGUGUAUGCAUGUACAUGUGUCUGUGUUCCGCCCCUGCUGUAGAGUACAGGUGUGAACCCAUGCACGCACAGGCAGAGCAUGCCAAAUCCAUG